CCCCUAAUGCACUAAAUAAGCUUUUUAAAAUAUCAAAGAAUAUUUUAAGAUUCAUUACUUUAAAAUGAGCAUCUUUUAGCUUCUUUAAGUCAUUUUCUCCUACACAUUUCUCGUCAGAAUCAAUUUCUUCGUCCUCAAGUACUGUUUCCUGGGCGGCCAUAUUUAUCUCGUUCAGCUUGACGCAUGCUCAGUUUCGCGUCUUGAUACUGGCAAGAUGGCGGUCUUGUCGAAGUACGAUAAGGCCGGUGCACAAUCUCUUUGCAUCCGCCUUUUCUCCUGUAUCCAACACUGCAUGAAUUUUAGAUAAUAGAACUUGGAUUAUUUUUCUAUAUAUUUCGACCUUACAUGAGCACGAACGAGCGCGAUAAGCUCCUAAAACAAUAGUCAAAACAUGCCAAGCAACAGUACACAUCAUCGAAGCACGUCUUCCAAUCUCGUCCGUGAAAAGACGAAGAAGGCCAAGAAAAAGGCCAAAGAAAAGUCCAAUAAGUCCAAAAAAACCUCGAAAAAUGAAACCCCCAAGGUUACUAAGAACGAUGUCCCAAAAAUUAAAAUCGCUGCAUUGCAAGAGUAUGAGGAUAUAUCGCCUGCAACUGGUGAGGAAAGUGAUUCCGAAGCUGACCGACAAACUGUGAUUGUGCAACGUUCUCCUUCGCCGCCGGCGCCAAGCGUCUCAAAGAAAAAUCGCGUUGAGAAGAAAAAAAAGAAGAAAACUAAAGGGACACCAAAGGUAAAAAGUGGUAAACACAAGAGUGUUAAGAGGAAACGUUCACCAUCGCCUGCUAAAAGACAAGUGUCUGUCAGUGAAUCGGUGCAUUCACCUAUUUCACCAGCAGUUUCAAAACACGAGUAUAGGGAUGUGAGUCCGGCGAGUACUGUGAAUGAAUCCAAACAUGGUAACCAAGCCACAGACCAUUCAAGGCAGAAUGAUAAGGAACCAGCUAGAAAGAAAAGUAAACUACAUAAAAAACAUAAGGCAAAGAAAACUGAGUCACCUGUACUUCCAAGGGCUUAUCAGCCAAAAGAUGUGGAUAGUCCGAGCCCAUAUAGAUCACCAGGACAAACACACUCUGUCUCGCCUGAGCGGCAGGCCACAUACAGGAGGUCGAGAUCACCAUUUAGGAGAAAAAGCCCUUCAUCCAAUAAAUCUGGAAGGAAGCAUCAUCGAUCACCAUCAAGGUCACCAUAUAGAAUGUUAAAUAGACCAUAUAUUUCACCUUAUAGGUCACCAUUUAGAUCACCUCCCCACAGAUCACCAUACAGGUCACCAUAUAGAUCUCCUCCUGGUUACAGGUCACCAUAUUAUAAUUCACCAUACAGAUCACCACCGGGUGGUUAUUGGUCGCCGAGACGAUCUCCUGCUUAUCAGGGAAAGCAAAGUCGGUCAAUUCGUUCUGGACGGGGACAUUCUCGUUCAAGGAGUCUGUCACCACAUAAAAUGAUUAAGUCUGCAGUGAAAGCUAUGAAGUCUAAAUCUGAAGUGAAACAUGCAACUAAAUCACGGCGGACUUCUGAAACAGAAUCAGAUGGCAAAUAUCUGUCGAGGAAAAACUCUACUUCUCAUAAAAAGCAUGAAACAUCACAUCGGAAGUCUCCAGUGAGAAAGAAAGAUGAGACUAGCUCAUAUAGAGAUAAAGAUGAACACAAUAAUAGGGGUAAAUAUCACUCAAGUAGCUCUAGCACAAUAAGUAAGAAAACAGACUUAUUAAAAGUUGAUGUGAAGGCUGAACUUGCAGGAACUAUGUCUCCAAUUACUCCACCUGUGAAGGUACCCACACCUCAACCCCCGCCACCACCAACUGAAACUGAAGAUAAACUGUUCAAUAUUGAAGAUGGUAAACCACCACUACCUAGUGAAGAGGCUACAGUACCAUUACCCAUUGAAGAGGUUAAGGCACCAUUACCAAAUGAAAAACAGAAUGAGAGUGUUCCAGUUCCACCUUUACCUGAUGCUGAACCACCCCCACUUCCCCCAGAAGAUGAUGUACCCACACAACCAGCACUUCCACCAUUACCAUUACCCCCGGUUCUUCCCAACUUACCAGAUGAGUCACCAGGCUCAGAAUCAUCGGACACAUCAGAGAUAACAAAGGAACAGACUGAGACUGCCUUGGACUCUAAACCUACAACGCCUUCAGUUAUGUCUACCCCUGGUAAAUCUGAUGAUGAAACAGAUGAGGAGGGGGAAUGGGGUGAACGAUGUGUAGAUAUGUUUGAUAUUAUUGCUAUUGUUGGUGAAGGAACAUUUGGACAAGUAUACAAGGCAAAGGAAAAAGAGACAGGUAUGUGA